UAGAAUGGUCAAUCCUGACAUUUGUUCAGAAAAAAGUUUUAAAAUAAAAUGAAUAACUACUCAAGACGUGUCAAGCCUCAAGAACGUACUUAAAUAUAUAAGCGCACCCCAUUGUUUUCUGAUAAGUUAACCCUAUAGGGCUAACUUCAGCCUAUAUAGAAAACGUUGGAUGCUAAUACACUGUAGUUAAGCAAGCAGUAUGGAGUUAUCUUGAAGAAGCUUAAACCCCUGCUCCAUUGAUUGGAAGCAUCACACUUCCAUGUUAUUUAUCAUAACUAAUUGUGCAUAAGUAACGUGCUUACUGGCACAAUUAUUUGUACAAAAUCGAAAAUAAACGUCUUUACUGAACUUGUGAAUUUCUGCCUAGCAUGUCUCUAGCUAGAAAGUGGUGGGAUAAAAGUGAAUCAACUACCAAAAGGUAUUCAUCUGCCGAUAUACAGCCUAUUGGUGAAUAUUUACAAGAGAAAUUUUCUCAUGGAGUCGACUAUAAUAUGAAAAUUGUUAUACGCGGUGAUCGUAAUGUUGGAAAAUCAGCUUUACUUUCGCGCCUGAAGGGAGAACAGUUUAAAGAAGAAUACAUCCCAUCCAAUGAGAUUCAAUUGGCUAACAUUCAUUGGAAUCAUCAAAAUUCCCAAAGUGUAAUUAAAGUAGAAGUUUGGGAUGUUGUUGAUAAAGGUAAACCUAGGAGUAGUGCUUCGAAAGGCUUGAAGUUUUUCAACAAACUAACAAAAGGCCAACCUGUUAUCAAUAUUGGUGGACAGGCUGGAAAUAUUGAACCAUGUCUAGAUGCGAGUUUUAUUAAUGUCUACAAAGGUGCACAUGGUGUUAUCUUAAUGAUGGAUAUGACAAAAUCAUCGACAUUUGAAUAUGUAUGUCGUGAACUUGUACAAAUUCCUCCAAAACUGCCUAUAUUAAUUAUGUCAAAUUUCCAUGAUAUACAAGAUCAACGUAAAAUCAGUGAAGAACAAGUUCAAAUGUUCCUCAAUGACUCUAUUAUGCAAUUGAAUCAGUAUAAUGUUACAUCUGAUGAAAAAUUCAAUGAAUUAUCAAGAAAUAUUUAUGUACAAAAGAGUUCAUCAUCAAAUCCGAUUCGCUCUAUCCCCGUACAAUAUUGUGAAUCUUCAAUGAAAACCGGUUUAGGUUUGAUGUAUGUGUAUAAAUUCCUGAAUAUACCAUUUUUAUGUCUACAACGUGAUGUAUUACAAUAUCAGUUGAAACGUAAUUAUGAUGAAAUGAUUCAUGUUUUAUAUGAGUUAAGUCCAAAAACUGAUAAUCAGACACCAGAACAACGUUUUAGUUAUAUCGAUUCUGGUCAGAAGAGAACAACUGAUGAAUCGUCAUCAUCACGAACGUGUUCUUCUUCUUUUUCUGUGAUAAAAGAGAAUGUUGUAAACUUUCCAAUUAAAUUAACUGAAUCAAAUAGAACAACAGUAAUGUCUUUCAACCCAUCAUCCAAUAUGAAUAAUGAAAAUAAUUUUGAUGAUAAUCAGAGUAAUGUUCAUAUGAAAAGAGAUGAAUACAAGACUAAUGAAAUCAAUGAACAGUUGAAACAGAAUCCAAUGGUGAUAGCAUUCAGUGAAGAAAUUGAUCCUGCUGAUAAUGAAAUAUAUUAUCUUAAUAACAAUACUAAUAAUAAUCAUUCAGAAUCACCUACGGGAUCGUAUGCAACGUUUACUCCGAGUAGUGAUAAUGACAAUAAUGAUUUUAAUAUUAAUGAUGAUAAUUUACAUUUCAAAAAUAAUAAAAAUUUAUCCAAUGAAAUAAUGGAUGAAUUACAGUUGAAGUUACGCUUAGAACAAUGUCACUCUAAUGGGAAAAGAGUUAAUUUGGAUCAUUCAAAUCAGUUCAAUAGGUCCGAAUUGAAAAUUAUAGAUGGCACGAUGAAACAUUCUGGACAACUGAGAAAAUCUGAGUCUAGACAAAAUAAGUUAACAGACGAACAGGAAAGUGUACUUGGUACGAACUUAAAAAACGAUAAAGAUUUGUCAAUAUCUAAUGAAAAUAUAAUUAUACUACCUACAGAUGAUGAUGCCCUGGAAAAAUUUCUUGAAGAUAGCUAGUAAGAACAAAACUCCAAAUCGUCUUUCUUUUGUGCUUCUUUAAGUGGAAUCCUAACUUUCACUGUUAAUCUUUUGUACAAAGAAAUGAAAUAUACCUUUCCUAUCCUC